CCGAGAUUCACCCAACACCUGGCGUUGGCAAAACCUGAUAGCCCAAACCUGAUGCGACCUCCAAUACCUGACCCAAUGGAAAUUCGUGUCAUUGAGGCUUGGCACUUGUACUACCGUAGGACUUCAAGCCGAAGCCCGACUAAUACCGACAGCCUCACUUUCUGGCUUGAUAUCGGGUUUCGUAUACAUAAGAUGGUGUCGUAUCCAAAUUAGAUGCACGAGAUAUUUUCUACUCUGAUCUCUAUAGUCUAAUUUACGAUGCCUAUCUCACCAGAAACUCGACGAAUCACGGAUAGAGAAUGGGAGGACCACAAGCUCCGUAUAUGCGAACUGUAUAUUGAUCUCGGACGUAAGCUUGAGGGGAACGAUGGUGUUAUCGAGACGAUGGCGAAAGAAGGCUUCACCGCCACGGUUCCACAAUAUGAGCACAGGUUCCGAAAAUGGAGGGUUCGCAAAAACAUAAAGCGAGCUGAAUGGGAAAGAAUUAUCAAUGAAACACGACAAGGAGGAGAAAUAACCCAUAUUGACCGGACAAUCUCGAGACCCCAGCUCCAGAGAGCCCGGCGUCGCUAUAUACCCAGAGUGCACAGGGGAAAAGAAUCAGUUUCACGUAACUAUGAUGAUACAACUCGGGUUGAAGUUGGACAUAUGUCUGAGUUGGAAUCUCAGAGGAGCAUACUAUCCGCUGAAAUUGACGUUAAUACGACCACUACUAUGGCGGUUGGCGCAGAGAUCAACGGCGUCGUGUCGAGCCAGAAUAUGCAGGACUUUACAUUAUCUAAUGAAUACUCCAAUACUAUCAACUACGAUGCGGACAUGAUAGAUUCUCUCAAUUUCAAUGAUCCCUUCCUCGAAUCAGUCGCUUUCGACCCCUUUCAAAUAAAUAUGCGCGAUCGGCAUUACUGGUUACCGCCGUUACCUUCCACUCAGCUUGUAGCUAUGUUUAUUAAAGGCGUCUAUAACAAAUGGCUUACGAUUCCCCGACCCGGUGCCCUGACGAAAACUAGCGAUUCCAAUUUUCUCUGGAAAUUCAUGAACGCUGUCACCAAACCAGUUUUAACUUCCAGAAGCUUGACGAGUCCCCCGGCUCUCGCUAACUUUUCCUCGCUGGAAGUCUUCGCCGGAGAGGAAUGGAGUCAAUUUGAUAGGCUACCGGAUGAUGUAGCUCUUGAGGCUCGUUUUGACGGCAGACUAAUUGCGUCAAUCAUUAAUGGAUUCGUAGGGCUUGAAAGUAUACCAGCCGAAGGCGUUCUAAAGUUCUUGAAUAGACACUAUGCUAUGCAGUUAAUGGUGAUCGAGUUUUUGAACGCUCAAUUGAGUCCCGUGGCCAAAUCAUUCGCCGAGAAGCUUUUCCCAGUAUAUUUACGAACGGAUAAUACCGAGGCUAUCAAGUACUUGCUUAGCACCAGACUGGUCGUUAUAGAUGAAGCUGUGUGUCAUUAUCGGGGCGAAAGACAUACGCCACUUGAAAUUGCUGCAAUCUACCAAUCGUUCGAAGUCCUAAGAUUUCUCAUUAGCGAAGGGGCCGACUUCAACAAAUCCUUUCCAAGGUACUAUCAUUCCAAUGCAUUACACUUGCUAAUCCAAAACUUGAAUGGUCGCCGAUCGACACUCGACGAUAAAUUUCUGAAUUUAGUCGACGCUUUCUUGGAGGCUGGAGCCACCAUAUCGAUAGAUACUAUCCGGGAGGCACUUCAAUCUGUUGAUCUACGACUCUCAAUUCAUCUCAUUGAGAACGUUGCUUCCCAAGCACCCCAAAAGCUCGUUUCGCACAAGGACCUGCUCGGAGAUAUCGUAAAAUCCUUUGGGAAAGAGUAUGCGACGAGCAUCAUUGAGCUUAUCAUAAAUAAUUGCCAAGAACUAGGCAAAGCUGGAUACUUGUCUAAAUUUCAUCUACACGUCGCCGAUGCCUUAAACGAGGCUGCGAAGCGUGCGUAUGACAAGCUGGUGGCAAUCCUGCUUCCAUAUGCGUCAAUUCCGGGUAGAAAUAAACUAUCCAUCACGGUAGAAGAGGCCGGGAAUCCGAAUCCAAGCCCAGAUAAAGAUCUUGGCUUAGAUAGGAAUACGGAAGACAGCGAGAUCUUCAUCUCCGCUCUCAGGUCUGGGGACCAAAAUUGCCUUCGCUCCUUAGAGGAAAGGGGCGUCCUCAAUUCUCUCCAAGGCUACAGGAUCGGUCAAGCGCUCACGGCGGCUCUCAAAGCGGGAAACUUAGGAUACGCGACCAAAACAUUAGAUCUCGACCCCGACUUCGAAUUUGUUGAAGUCAGGGAUUAUAGCCCAGAUGAUAGUCGGCUUUUCGACGUAGCCGAUGCUAUGGAUGCUGCUUUGGCUCAUGAUUUCAAUGAUAUUGCUGAGAAGCUCCUUGCUGUUGGUGUCACAACCCGACCUCUGUGUUUUCAGGUCUCACAUCCGGCUCCGUUACUAUACGUCGCGGUAGUAAGAAAGAGGCCAGACUUUGUGAGAAAUAUCAUAGAAUCCGGCUGCGAUCCCGAUAUAUUCGACGGACUUCAAAAGAAAGAAUGGCCGAUUCUAGAAGCGGCCAUAGAAUACAACGAGGACUCAGUCAUUGACGAUAUUUGGAGAGCUUGUAAAGCUUGUUGCGGUCCAAUUGACCCUACAUAUCGCACCUUGAAACUCGCAUUGGAGAAAGGACGUGUAGACUUGUUCUUAGAUAUUGCCAAGUAUAGUCCACAAGGGCACAAUAUCGGGAAAGACCGAGCAUUACGAGUUGCGGUAGAGUGUGAAAAUGAAUCAGUGCUUGACGAACUAAUUUCCCUAGGUGCCAAGGCUGACAAUGACACCGUCCUAAAGGAAGCGAUAGAUAAUCAUUCUUCGAUGGUUACGCCACUCCUGGAUAGAUUUUGGAAAGCCUACCCACAAGGCCGUGCUGGAUAUGGUUCGGGCAUCGUCUGGGAAGCACUUCAUAACUACUCAAAGUCACCCAAGUUUUUUGACCAGGUAUUUGCUUGGGAUCUUGUAAGGUUGAAUGUCAACUACCAAGCAAUCCCAGGUAACCGAACUCUGUUAUACGGUGCAAUUGGAACAGAGAAUUCUGGUAUUGUUAAAAGGUUUAUUGAUGCUGGUAGCGACGUCAAUAGCGUCAUUCAUGAUUAUCUGUACUCGAAUUCUGGUUAUGUCAGGGCCACUCCACUUUUGACUGCUAUCGAGAUUGGAAUCGCAGAAAUGGUUCAGCUCCUCAUUGAUAAUGGUGCGGAUGUUAACAGGCCAGCGAUGUCCGGUUUACGAUGGACUCCUCUCCAGAAAGCUGCUGAGAUGAACAACCUCCCCAUUGUUCGUUUGCUACUCAAGAAUGGCGCUAGAGUCAACGACAAACCUUCAAUGUUUGAUGGGGGUACGGCGCUGCAAUUCGCAGCUAUCCAGGGCAACUCCGAGAUGGCAACGACUCUCAUAGAGCAUGGGGCCGAGUAUAAUAUACCCCCGCCUUUUGGAUGUCGCGGACGUUGGCCUCUGGAGGGUGCGGCCGAGAACGGCCGUCUUGAUAUGAUAGAGCUUCUCUGGAAUGGUCCUUGGGACCCCUUCGACGAUAAACAAUGUCAAAAUGCUAUGCGGCUUGCAGAAAGGAACGGACAUUUCGGCUGCAAGGAGAAGAUAAAAGAGUUGAUGGGGAGAUCCUCAUAUUGCAACAACAUUUCCUUUCCUGCAAUUUCUUGGCCCACAUGAAUACUGCAGUAAGCUUUGAAAACUGCGUACUUAGUGUUAGGAUCUUGAAGCUUGCUCUUGAACAUGGUGCAGACGCCAACGUUGCUAAACAGGCAUGCUACAGCGCUACGGUGUUCGAGUUGACUAUGAAAAUGGAUGAUGGCUGAUCAA